AAUAGGCAAUAAUUUAUGUCCACAAGACGUCACCAGCGGAUGCUAAGAGUUCUGGGUUAUAGUUUAAGUCCCAUACUGGUUGACGAUGUCUGGAAAAGGGCUAGCAAGCUAAUGGACAGUUAGCCCGGAGUCCUGCACCCUCGUCACAGUCGUCUCUAGACUGGACCAGUCCGUUUCCUCCGGAGAGCAGCGACAUGGCGUGUGAAGCUAACAGCGAUGUGUGCUUUCUGCAAGACGAGAAGUUUGACUUCGACGUGUCCCUGUCACCUGCCAGCUCCAAGGGUGAAGAGGAGGAAGAGGAUGAGGUGUUCGUGGGCGUCGUCAGCCACAAAGAGCGGCGUGUUUCCGACGACGCGUCGUCUCGACUCGAGGACGGCGGCUGCAACGCGUCGCCGGACUGGACCCCGUUGACCGGCGACCUGCUGGAAGCUGUGUGUGAAGAAGCCCACAGACUGGCCAGCCAGCUGCAAGGCGGAGAGCCGCGCGCCGAGGGGACCAGCGCCACCCAGCCGACGUCUGCCGCGGCAGCUAGCCCUGCGGCGGGGGCGGAGGAGUUCACCCAGGACCCCGAAGUUAAAUUGGGGAUGCUGGGCCGCGCCGCCGGUGCACCCGGCUUCAUCAAACGUCAGACCUUCUGUGUGCAGGACAGCCCCAUGAAGCAGCUGCCCCCUGCCAUCCAGCGCCAACAGCUGAGAGCGGGCAGGACCUCAUCCGGCCACCCCGCUGCCAGACUCAGUGCCUCCAGCCCCAUGGUGGGCGCCAGGCCUCCGUCCAGAACCACGCUGCGAGGGAAGGCGACGCUGGGCGCCGCCGGAGUGCUGCCCAGUAGACCGGUGGCUCCGGCUGCUUCCCGCUCAGCCUGCAAGAGCGGACCGGACAAAGCCAGACUGCGGCCACCAAGCAGAACUGCAGGAGUUUUGAGGCAGAGCCCGUCGUCUCGUCCUAUUAACAGGGCAGAGUCUUCAGAAGAUUUACUCUCUGAUUCAGUGAGCGUGGCCUCUGACACCAGCGACUGCUCCCUCAACUCCAGUCUGCUGGGUAAACGGACGCUGGCCCCGCCCUCCAAGAGUGCCGGACUGAGAAGGCUCUCUGGUGCUAAAGUUCCCCCUAUUCAGAGCAGGAGGCCCACAGACAGGAAGAACACCUCUUCAUCGUCAUCCUCACUGUCCAGCUUCAACACUAGCCUGUCCCCUGCUAAAGGUAAACUGAACCGAAGCCUGAGCAGCUCCGUUGGACCCGGCAGCGUCAGCAGAGAGCCGGGUCUGAGCAGAACUCGUCGUUCCACUAUCUCCAGCUCUGCAGGGCCGCUUUCCUCCAGCACAGCGUCGCGCUCACAGCCCAGCCAGGCCAAAAAGCUGCUUGAUGGAGAGCGUGCCAAAGCCAGAUCCACAUCCUUAAAGAGAGUAGAGAGCACACCCAUCCAGCCCACUCCACCAAAGAGAGUGCUAGAGAGAGCCAUGUCUGUCGGCUCGGUCCGGCUGCUGAGAUCUAAACCCGCGGCGCUGGUUCAUUCGACGCCCAGCUUAGAGAACAAAGGAGUCGAGUGCACAGAUGGGGGAUCCAAGGUGAUGAAGCCCAAAGGCCUCUCAGUCAGCACCGCAGACAGUCGCCCUCAGAAGCUGCCAGCUGGCUCUCUGACGCCCUCUGUUGGCGGCUGUAAGCCUGUGGCAGCACGGCGGCCUUCUGGCCUUCCCACGCCAGUGAAGCGCAGGACGUCUACCUUGCUGACCCCCUCCAGCCAGACCAGGACGUUCAGGCCGCCAUCUACAACAGAUUCCAGCAUCAGUCACACGCUAACUUCAGCAGAGAAAGCCCAGAGGUGCAGCCCUGCUCCCAAAGGCAAAGAGGAGGAAGAGCCUGUUCAUAUCCCUGACAUUCAGCCGUUCUGUCUGGAGGAGGAGGACCCCCCCGCCACCCUACCUGCCAGCGGCCCAGAGACGAAGCCGGGGCACAUCACGCAUGUCGGAGCGCUGACGGUGAGUGAACCCAUUCCCACCGGCGGUCCACUGGAACCGGAGAUGACGGAGGGGAGCGCAGCCAAGACCCAGGAGGUUCUCCUGCUGGAUCUCCCACCGCCGACCCUCCAGCCCCAAGAGAAACUCCUCAUCGAUCUGGCCAACACCCCCGAGCUGAUUCGCACCAACAGCAAGAGCUGCACCACAACUCAGCUAAUUGACCUGAGCUCUCCUCUUAUCAAGUGGAGUCCAGAGGAAAAAAAAGAGAACAAUGCUCCGCUCAUCAACCUGUCCUUCUGAUCCGCCUGAGGCUACAAACAUCUCCCGUUAUUUAAAUGGAACCAGCGGCUUUCUGUCUCCAGAAACCCAGGACACUGUCAAAUGAAUGAUUUGAUUCAAGGAUAAUGUGUUAAAUAAUCAUUGUGAGUCUGCUUUAGUUUUCAACUGAGUGUACUUUUAUCGUCUCCUUCUUGCUGUUUUAUAAAUAAAUGUUAGUCACUACUGUAGACCUGC